AUGGCAGAGGCAAUAACUGAAGCCGGUGCAGAAGUUCAUUGCUUCGAUAUCCUGCCAGAGCCAGAAGAUGAUUUCAUCGCGACACAAGAGCUUGCUAACAAGGCACAUAUCGGCAAGCUGUUCUACCACCACGUGGACGUGAGAGACCCGAAGCUUCUUAACGACGUCGUGGAAAAGAUUGCGUCCCGUAACAACCGCCUCGACGGGCUGGUCGCAGCUGCUGGAGUUCAGCAAGUGACAGAAGCCAUAGACUACACAGCUGAUGAUGUGACCAAGAUGAUGGAUAUAAACUAUACCGGAGUCUUCAUGACCGCCCAAGCCGCCGCCCGACAAAUGAUGGCUCUCAACUCUCCUGGGUCGAUAGUCUUAGUGGCCAGUAUGAGUGGUAUGGUGGCCAAUAAGGGCCUCAAUUCCCCCGUGUACAAUUCUUCGAAAGCUGCCGUUAUCCAACUGGGCCGAAAUCUAGCUAUGGAGUGGGGCAAAAAGGGGAUUCGAGUGAACUCACUCUGCCCAGGCCAUGUUAUCACGCCUAUGGUCGAAAAGAAUUUUGAAGAAGUGCCUGAACUGAGGAAGAUAUGGGAAAGGGAGAGUAUGCUUGGACGGUUAUCCAGACCAGAAGAAUUCACCGGAGCCGCCAUCUUCAUGCUCAGCGAAGCAAGUUCAUAUAUGACUGGUAGCACUCUUGUGAUUGAUGGCGGGCACACAGCCUGGUGA